AUGCCUCUGCUGCCCCGCAUAUUAGGCUGCCUCUUCAUAUUAGAAGCGAUUGGCGGCGGUGCCGUCGAAAAUGUGGAUGAAACGAAGGAUUCCAAAGACGCAUGGAGGACAAUCACGCAGAUGGGGAAGGAUGAAUAUCUCUUAAUGUUCCGCUCAUCCAAAUAUGACGGACGCCUAGGAAGCGUUGCACAAUACGUUCAUAUGAGAUUAUGUGAAUACAAUAAUGCGACACAAACUGCAAUGAUCAGGUUUAUGCAUAGCGACUCGAGUUCGGCCUUCUUGUUAGGAUUGACACAACUCGCUACCGUGCCACAAUUUCCAGAAAAUGAAACAAACAUCAUCCGCUUCAAGAACUCUGACUCGUGCGACCCAGGUAAUGAUGUUUUGACUGCUGACUACGAGGUUCUCUACUCAAAUUACGAAACCUGUUUUGUAUUGAAGCUCCGGAGCACCAAAGAGAAACGUUGUGAGCUGUGGGUUAAGGAAGGAUUCGAAGUUCAGUUCGAAAAUGAACCCCAUAAGGAGCCUACUGAUGCCGACGAACGUGAAAUGGAAGAUAAAGAGGUUCAGAUACGAAUGACAGGUGGACUUGGACAUUGUGUUCAAACGUACAUCAAAAAUUGUGGACAUCUGCGGAACAAGAUUUACAAGAAAGAAAUGUGUAGCUUAUCAUCAAUAACGAAAGAGACAAACGCCACGAUGACAUUUUGA